AUGCCGUCCAAAUUCGCAAAGGUCCAGAAGCAAGUGUCCAAGAAGAAGGGCGCUGCCCUAGCUUUGCACGAGAACAGUCGUGACGCUCUGCGUCUGCGCAGCGCUGUUGCAAGAGAUGAUCGUGUUGCACGUUUGGGUGCUAUGCGCGAGAAGAUGAACGAUGUCUACCUCAACCGUAUCGUCUUUCUCCAGGAUGAGAUCCCCGAUCCGCUGCGUCCCCUGACCGACGCCGAGGUGCACGAGGUCAUUGCGAAAUACCUGCGCCGCGAAGAUGAAGCCAUGGCUGCCCUCAAAGCCGAACGCCGCCCAGGCCGUCCAAAGAGCACCAAGCAGACUCUACUCGAACAGCAACAGGAUCAGGAACAGAAAGAAUACGAGUCCGGCUUCUGGAUGCCCGACAUGCAGAGCGAGGCUACCCUCACAAAAUUACGCAACUGGAAGGGCGAGUGGAUUGCUCUGAGCCCUCUUGGCUACGUGCGCGUCAACAAGUCUGGCAACAAGAAGGAGAGCGCUUUCCCUCCUAAAGGUGCUGCUUGA